GAACGUGCGCAAAAACUUGGCCGCUCGCUCUCCUUGUUGGCCCAUUUUCGUAGCCAAGCUACGACCUUUUUUGUAGCAGUUCCAGCACUUGUCCGCCCGCCAGGGCUUUUCCCCGCCAAAAAAACCAAACCCCUCCCCAUACGCUUUGGGCAAGCGGUGCCGUCAGGAGGUGGCCCCUCUUCUGCCACGAAACACACAAGCUGCAACGGAACUAGACGACAGUCGUGCUGCCCUGUGUCCUGCUGGGUUAUCGAGCCUUUUUCAACCAAGAUAAUAUCGUCCUGCUUGUUGUGCACUGAUCUGGAUUGAUAUUUUUGGCCGCCAGACAAGCCCUAGCAGCCUGCCCGACCGGUUCACCUGCGCUUCAGAACCCGGCACAAUGCCAUGACCGAGAUCGCGGCAUCCCGAAUUCCCGAUUUGAAUCUUGCCGUCGAGCGCCAGUGAUCUAUUUCAUCUCAUAUCAAGAUAUAUUUAUUAUACAAGCCUCCACCUGCGAAUAACAGAGACUUCGGCACGCCGUCCGGCCCGACAACUUGGUCCGACUUCGCGGCGGCUAUAGUUGAUAGUCCAUCGCACCAUCCAUCAUGGACGGCGUCGGUGGUGCCCCUGUGGGCACGAUGUAUGUACGUGCUCUCUACGACUACGAGGCCGACGAUAGAACAAGCUUGAGCUUCCACGAGGGUGACGUUAUUCAGGUUAUUACGCAACUGGAAAGUGGUUGGUGGGAUGGCGUUAUCAACGGUGUCCGAGGCUGGUUCCCGAGCAACUAUUGCCAGAUUAUCACAGGUCCUGAGGAUAUGACAGAUUUGGCAGCAAAUAUGGGUACAAGCCACUUGGAUUUUGAAGGGGAUGAUGUUGAACCCUACGAAGAUAACCUUGACAGGGAAGACUACUCUCCUAUGGACAGCAAUGGUGCCGGCAUGCUCCAGCACCAAAUGGCGAGCACCGACGAUAAAUCAAGAGCAGACUUCUGGAUCCCGCAAGCGACACCAGACGGUCGCUUGUUUUACUAUAACAUGAUGACUGGCGAUCGUAGUAUGGAGCUCCCACUCGAAUCGCCUAGCUCAACAGCAGAAUCUGGUCCAAGGGACAGAAUGAAUGCUGAUGUACCUGAAAGAAUGCGACCUCCUCCUGAAAUGAUGGCCAGAGGCCUGAAUCAGGACGAGGAUGAUGAUGGAACUUUAUCUGCGUCGGACGUUGAGGGCGACGUACACGGACGCUCCGUGGGCCGUCACCGGUCUUCAGUUGGAACUGUACUUUCUCCUUCUACAUCUAUGGAUUCGAUGAACGGCUCACCAGAACAGCGCCGAAAGAAUAGCAGUAGAUUCGGUAGCGCCGCUACGAUUAACCACCCUCCAAAUAUGGCAUCUGCUACAUCAUUUACUAGCACUACAUACAAUGUUCCUACGACGACGACGAUUCCCCGAUCCUUUUUUGACGACGGCUCAACGCCUGCACUCAACUGGCCGCUGCUGGUAGAAAAUAUGAAGACGAAAAUUGAGCAAUACAAGGCAGUUGUGGAGGAAGGCAAGCGGUCAGAGUACGUGGCUCGAGCAGAGGACAUUUCCGAUCAUCUUCGACUUCUCCUAGCUGCAGGCUCUGGAACUACUGAUAACCACUCUGGCCAGCCCUCUAUAAUCUCGACAAAUAAGGCUCUCUACCCUCACUUUAGAGAUAUGAUGUCCAAGUUUUCCAAACUUGUGAUUUCGUCGCACAUUGCCGCAGCCGAUUGGCCAAAUGCUGAAUCGGUACAGAAAUGUUUAAUUGAAGCCGACGGUGUCAUCCAGGGUGUUUACAGCUACGUCGAAGUCGCCCGUCAGCAAAGGGGACAAGACAUUCCUCGCCUGUUUCCCGGUUUCCUCAUUGGAAGCAGCUUGGGAGGCAGCUGGCUGAAUAACAACCUCGGCCCCCGAGAUCCCAUUGCGGCGAACUUUUUAGACGACGAAGACCCAUCCUUGGACCCGACAACAAAUCUCGACGGUCAGCUUCUGGAGAGGCUUGAUGAACAAAAGCGCAUGCUAGUGUCGAGUAUUAGAGAGCUGGACAAGAGCUUGCUUGUUCCUGAAAAGAUUGUGACACCUCUACGUCACGAAAUCAUUGGCAACAACGUUUGCCAGGCUGGUGGAAAGGUUCUAGAGGCUUUUAAGCCCUGGAUUUCCAUGAUUGAAUCAAUAAACCUUGGAUCUCUUAGCAGCAACUUCCAAACACCGGGAUUGGCCGAAUUCUGUGUCAACAAGCAAAGCUUAUAUGACAAUAUGUCGGAUCUGGUUAUUGGCUGCCAGGCUGUUGCUGGUCCUCUUGGGGACGAGUGGGCUGAAGUUCGCGGAGAGCCUCUGGAGAAUAGGUUAGAAUAUGUGCGUCAGUGCGCCAGGGCACUCGAGACGAACUCAUCACAUAUUGGGUUCUCAUUACAGCUCCUGUCAGAACAUGUAAAGAUUGAGCCGGCUCAACAACGAAACCAAAGAUCGCAGAUUCAGAGGGGAGAUACGAUGCCUUACGAACGACCUCAUCAACGCUCCGAAUCCAAGGUUAUGCCUAUCCGGCCUCCGCUUAUGACCUCGCAAUCUUUUAACGAUGGCGAUCUCCCACCUGGUUCGUUGCGCAAGGGUGACUACUCCAAAGUCAAGAAGAUCUUUGGUGAGGAUCCUUCGCCUGUUUCCGGCCUGCAGGCUGCGGAUGAUACACCUGAUUUCCUACGCCUUGAUUACGAGAAUGAUGUAUCAUGGGACACGAAGGCCGUCACUCCCACCGUAAAGGGUGGUACUCUACUCGCCUUGGUCGAGCAGCUAACCCGUCACGAUAAGCUCGACUCCAGUUUCAACAACACCUUCCUUCUUACCUACCGAUCCUUCACCUCUGCGCGAGAACUCUUUGAGCUGCUAGUUAAAAGAUUCGCCAUCCAGCCACCUGAAGGCCUAUCGCCAACCGAUUUUGAGGUCUGGCGCGAUCGCAAACAGAAGCCCAUUCGCUUCCGUGUUGUAAAUAUCAUCAAGAGUUGGUUUGACAGCUUCUGGAUGGAAGAGCACAACGAGGAGUCGAAGCAACUGAUACGCGACGUUUACGACUUUGCUAGAGACACAGUCAAGUCGACGGAAACACCUGGAUCUGGCCCGCUCAUGUCCAUUCUAGACCAGCGACUCAACGGAAAGGAGGCGGGUGCACGUAGAAUGAUCCAGACACUGAACCAGAGCACGCCUGCGCCGAUCAUGCCAAAGAACAUGAAGAAGCUCAAGUUUUUGGACAUUGAUGUGACAGAAUUCGCCCGCCAACUGACAAUUAUCGAAUCCCGCCUCUACGGCAAGAUCAAGGCUACUGAAUGUCUGAAUAAGACAUGGGGCAAGAAGGCAGCCGAAGGCGAACCUGAUCCUUCACCGCACGUCAAGGCGCUUAUUCUGCACUCUAACCAGAUGACCAACUGGGUGGCGGAGAUGAUUCUUGCGCAGACGGAUUUGAAGAAGCGAGUUGUUGUGAUCAAACACUUUGUGGCUGUUGCUGACAAGUGCCGCGGCCUCAACAACUUUUCUACGCUGACAUCCAUCAUCUCUGCACUUGGUACGGCUCCGAUCGCGCGCCUCAAGCGCACAUGGGAUCAGGUACCAGCUCGCACGCAGGCUACGCUGGAGACGAUGCGUAAACUGAUGGCUAGCACAAAGAACUUUGGCGAAUACCGCGAGGCACUUCACAUGGCAAAUCCCCCUUGUAUUCCCUUCUUUGGUGUCUACUUGACGGAUUUGACCUUUAUCGAGGACGGUAUCCCGUCUAUUAUCAAGAAAACCAACCUGAUCAACUUUGCCAAGCGCGCCAAGACGGCUGAGGUCAUUCGUGAUGUACAGCAGUACCAAAAUGUAGGUUACUCGCUACAUCCAGUGCCUGAGCUGCAGGAUUACAUUCUCAGCAACAUGCAGCAUGCCGGCGACGUCCACGAGAUGUACGACAAGAGCCUUUCGGUGGAGCCGCGUGAGCGUGAGGAUGAAAAGAUUGUUCGAGUCUUGGCCGAGUCUGGCUUCCUCUAGACCUAGCACUGGUCUACCUGUCCUAUACCUGUUCGUCCUUUUUUGGGAACUGUACGCUUUGUAUUUCUGUAGCCCUUUUGGCAGGCUGCUGUACGAAUGGACUUUGUUUCAAGCAUAAGAAUGGCGGGUUUAUCAAACUGCGUUUCUAUCUCUUCCUUUUCUUUUUUAGUUGGCUGGCUUUAUUCUUUAUGAGGAUACGAUGUAAAUGAGGGAUAACCGAUGUUUUGGGUACAUAGGCAGCGGUUUCAAAUUAUCCAUUCAUUGCUACUUGGUG